AUGUCUUCUUCAAGUAUCUUGGAUAACCUUGUAGGAAAUGUGGCACCCGGUUAUGAAAAAGUUGAGAAAGUUUUUCGGUUAGUUGUUUUCGUUAUUUCAUAGUUUUCAAAAAAAAAUCUUCUAAAAAUUAGAUUUCUCAUUUUUUUGGUAUCAAUGUCAAAUAAGAAAAUUUAGUGUAACAUAAAUAUACAAUUUUGUUUAUUUUAUUCAGCCUUUCACUUAUCUGAAUCGUAUCUUUUGUGAAACUGUCACUUGGCAAUUUUCCAAAGUGACAUUGAACACAAAACAUGUGGAAUUUUAAAUUAGAAAUUCUUUUCAACAAAAAAAAACUACUCACCUUACCAGUUUUGUUGAUUCAUUUCGAUCAGGAAUAUACAAUAUAUAGUCUUCUUUCUAGAUAAAUAGUUAGGGCGAGCUUUGGGAAAAAAUGAAAAUAAAAAAUUUGUUUGAAUACAGUAUGUGUGAUGAGAGACGCAGCACAAACAUUGUUUUGGUCUCGACACGAUCUCGAAAAAUUUUGAAUUUUUUUAUUAAUUUUUUCAAAAAAAAACUGAAAAAAUUUUCAGACGAAAUUUUGCUGAUGGUUGGGAACGAGAAGGCGCAUCAAUAACAGUUUAUCAUAAAGGAGUUGCUAUAAUUGAUCUUCAAGGAGGUUAUGCUGAUAAAUCAUCAGGAAGAAAAUGGACUGAUGAAACAAGAACUGUUGUAUUUAGUACAACAAAAGCAGUUGGAGCAAUUUGUGUUGCAAUGUUGGUUGAUCGAGGAUAUGUUAAGUAUUCUGAUAAAGUUGUUGAUUUUUGGCCAGAAUUUGGGAAAAAUGGAAAAGAAAAUAUAACUGUUGAUUGGAUAAUGUCACAUAGAGCUGGAUUAGCUGCAUUUGAUGAAAUGAUUCGAUUUGAAGAUGCACAAGAUUUCGAAAAAAUGAGUCGAGUUAUUGAAAAUCAGAAACCAAAUUGGGAACCGGGAACAAGAAGUGGAUAUCAUGCAAUAACUUAUGGAUGGUUAGUUGAUCAAAUUAUUAGAAGAAAUGAUCCGAAAAAACGAUCAGUCGGUGUUUUCUUUCGAGAAGAAGUUGCCGAAAAAUAUAAUAUUGAUUUUCACAUUGGAUUACCAUCAAGUGAAGAACAUACUGUAUCAAGACUUUCAAUGCCUUCAACUCUUCAUUUAUUCAGAGAAAUUCUUCAUGAUCCAAGGUAAUUUAAAUUGUUUUUAUUGAUAAGCUUUUUCAUAUUGUUUUCAGAGUUCUUAUCGUUUUGGCAGUUUUCGGACUUCGACCUCCAAAUUCCAUUGCUCGAAAAAUCACAACAAAUCCUGAAUGGUUUAAAUUGGAGCAAGAUGUGAAUACAUUCAAUAAUCCAAAUUUGCAUGCAAUCGAACAAGUUGCUGCACUUGGAAUUACUAAAUCUCGAGAUUUAGCAAGAUUAUUUUCAUUGGUUCAAGAAGGAAAAUUAUUCUCAAAAGAAUUAUUGGAUAGAUUUAGAGUUCCACAAGUUAAUGAAAUUGAUGAAGUUGUAAUGACGCCACUUCCAAAAGGACAUGGAUUUUUAUAUGAAAGACACCCAAAUGGAGGGGUUUGUAAAUUAAAAAAUUUGAAUUCAAUGAGUAAAUAAAACAAUUUCAGAAUAAAUGGUUGGUAGGACAUCCUGGAUAUGGCGGUAGUACUGUAAUGAUGGAUCUUGAUGAAGAGGUAAUUGAACUUUGGUUUUAAACUCUUUGAAUUGUUUUUAUUUUUCAGAUAACCAUAGCUUAUGUUUCUAAUGGAUUGAAGACUGGAAUGGGUGAAUUAACAAGAACCUAUAGACAUUUGAGAAACGCUGUAUUUGAAUGUUUGGAGAAAAAUCGAAAGAAAAUAAUUGCAUAG